AUGGCGGCGCAGAUGGAUCCCGACGCAGUUGCCAAGGCCUUCGUCGAGCACUACUAUACGACCUUCGACAACAACCGCGUCGGUCUCGGCGGUCUCUACCAGGAAGCUUCCAUGCUCACCUUCGAAGGUCAGAAGAUCCAAGGAGUCCAGAGCAUCGUCGCCAAGCUCACCUCUCUCCCUUUCCAGCAGUGCAAGCACAACAUCUCCACCGUUGAUUGCCAGCCUUCUGGUCCCGCCUCCGGUAUGCUCGUUUUCGUCUCCGGCAACCUCCAGCUCGCCGGCGAGGAACACCUCCUCAAGUUCAGCCAGAUGUUUCACUUGAUGCCGACGCCACAAGGAAGCUUUUACGUGUACAACGAUAUAUUCAGGUUGAACUACGCCUGA